CAGAUUCCCACCGCGCCCCGCUCUCCCAGUCUCCCGGUCGGCCCCCUCCCUCCCUUGUCCACUCCUCUCCUCCGCAUCUCUCGGCCGGCGCCCGCGGCGUCGCCCCAAUCGCCGCGCCUCAGGAAUGGCCGCGGAGGCGGAGCAGGGCUUCCGCCCGCUCGCCGAGGCGUCCCUGGUCGCCUACAUCAAGGCCACGCCCGCGCUCGCCUCCCGCCUCGGCGGCGGCGGCAGUCUCGACUCUGUCGAGAUCAAGGAGGUCGGCGAUGGCAACCUCAACUUCGUCUACAUCGUCAAGUCCAGCUCCGGCACCAUCGUCAUCAAGCAGGCGCUUCCGUACGUGCGCUGCGUCGGGGACUCGUGGCCGAUGACGCGGGAGCGCGCCUACUUCGAGGCCUCCACGCUACGGGAGCACGGCCGCCUGUGCCCGGAGCACACCCCCGAGGUCUACCACUUCGACCGUGCCAUGUCGCUCAUGGGGAUGCGCUACAUCGAGCCACCGCACAUCAUCCUCCGCAAGGGCCUCAUCGCCGGCGUCGAGUACCCGCUGCUCGCCGACCACAUGUCCAAUUAUAUGGCCAAGACGCUCUUCUUCACGUCCCUCCUCUAUAACAACACGACGGAUCAUAAGAAAGGAGUUGCUCAGUACUGUGCGAAUGUGGAGAUGUGUAGGCUCACAGAGCAAGUUGUGUUCUCAGACCCAUACCGGGUCUCCAAAUUUAAUCGGUGGACCUCACCGUAUCUUGACAAAGAUGCCGAAGCAGUCCGAGAGGAUGAUGAGCUGAAGUUGGAAGUAGCUGAAUUGAAAUCAAUGUUUAUCGAGAGAGCUCAGGCUCUGAUUCAUGGAGAUCUCCACACUGGUUCUAUCAUGGUGACCCCCGAUUCAACUCAAGUCAUUGAUCCAGAGUUUGGAUUCUAUGGACCAAUGGGUUUCGACAUUGGAGCCUUCCUAGGAAACCUGAUUUUGGCAUACUAUGCACAGAACGGACAUGCUGAUCAAGCAAAUGAUCGUAAAGCUUACAAGAAAUGGAUCUUGAAGACAAUUGAAGAGUCAUGGAAUUUGUUCCAGAAUAAGUUUGUUGGACUAUGGAAUGAACACAAAGAAGGAAAUGGGGAGGCUUACCUGCCCGACAUAUACAACAACUCAAACCUGCUGAGCCUUGCUCAGAAGAAGUACAUGACAAACUUAUUUCAUGAUAGCCUUGGGUUUGGUUCAGCCAAAAUGAUCAGGAGAAUAGUCGGUAUCGCUCAUGUUGAGGAUCUUGAGUCAAUUAAGGAUGCCAGCAAGAGAGCAGAGUGUGAGCGUGCUGCCCUCAAUUGUGCGAAGACGAUCCUGAAGGGAAGACGCCAAUUCGAGACCAUCGAGCAAGUCAUUGAGCAUAUUCAAUCGUUUGAUCGGAACUGAGAGGACAGCAAUCUAUUAUGCACACCUGAGUAUUGAUGACUUGUUUGUUCUGAAGAACUGGUUGUUUGUGCUUUCAGUGUUGGGGUUAUGAUGAAAUUUUUCUAUUUCUGGUCCCCCUUUUAGUUUGAACUGUACACUAUUCGAGCUAUUCCAUCAUAGCCAGGAGCUGAAUAAUGAAAUGUACGAGAUUUCUCCAAGUUUAUCUCCUUACAUAUAGACGUGUGUAUAACCAAUAAUUUUUACUUGAUGGUUUUUUGGCAAGUACUC